UCUCGACAGAGACAUCGAACACUUCACUUCUCUCACUCUCGGAGUUCAGCUUUUCAUUAACAGAUAUAACAAGUCUUAUUUUCAUUAAUCUUAUUUCUCUCUCGGAGAAAAUAUUUAUUUGUGAACAGAAAAGUAUGUAUAUAUACUUUUUUAAAUCAAGAAUGUAGUGGGAAUUCUCUUUAAUUGCCAGUGGAAAUGGAAAAAGCUGUCAAAGCGGACCUGCGCGGUCUGAACCUUCAAGCGAGUGGAUCUUAAUGCGCAUUUAUAUAUCGGCUUCAUAGUUGUUACAAAUAAUCAAAGCAUUACGUAGUUGAUCGAGGAUCCAUUUGGGAGAAAAAUGAUUUCUGAGGAGCGAAGCAACCAGUUUAACAAGCAAGGGCUCGGGUUUCCCAUUGGAAUAUUAAUCCGAUCCCCGAAAAAACGCCUUGCAACUUUGGGAAGGAAGCCCAGCAAUGGCUCUGUACAAUCCAACACGUCUGAAAGCACGACUCGAUCAACUGAGAGCACUGGUGUCAGACAGCCAGCCAAAAGUAAGAUCCGCCGCCACAACAACAAGCUAACCACAGUGUUUAACCGGAGUCCACUUCUCCGAGACAGCGAACCUAGACGUCUUGCAGGAAAUCUGGAGUUGAAUGAUGACCCUACUGAGCUGUCCAGUCAACUGUCUGCCCCAGGGAUCUUAAAAAUAUUUGGCAGUGACAUCUGCCAAGGGGCUAAUUACAAGAGUGUGCUGGCCACAAAUCGCUCCAGUGCCAGGGAGCUGGUUAAAGAGGCUCUAGAGAGAUACUGCCUUGAAACGGAAGAUCCAAAUGCAUAUGUCCUCUGUGAUGUAAUUGGGCGUACCGGGAUAUCCCACCAGUGGGAGACUGAGUGCCUUCGGGUUAUUGGUGACGAUGAGAAACCACUCAUACUACAGUCCCUUUGGAAACCCAAAGAGGGAUUCUGCAGAAGGUUCGAGCUCCACAAAAAAACAAAUGUGGAAGGUCAAAACCCCAAAAACAGAGAUACAGUCACUGAAGGCCUCAAUGCCCAAAUGCGAAAGCAACAGAAAGUACAUUCGAGGGUCACGUCACUUUUUGUGGAUGGGAGCAGUGGAAAUAUGGACGGUGUUGGUAUCUGGAGGAGCCUGAGUGAUAUGGACCUUUCUGCCAUGGGUAAGGAGGCCUCCAGGGCGAAUAAAGUAGGCACUCUACUGGAGAAUGCAGAGGCUGAAGCAGACUUGGAGGGACACCUUAUCACAGAGAAGGAAGAGACGGAGAGUAGUGAUGACAACACUACACAAUAUUCCAUCCACCCACCAUUUGAUUUUCCCUAUUUUCUUCUCCUUCAAGGCUACAGCCACAGACAAGACUUUGUGAUCUACCUGAUGAGUGGGAACAGUUGUGUAUUUGGCUGCUGUGCUGGACACGGUGAAGAUGGCGAGCGGUUAAAGGUGGAUGUGGUGCUCUAUGCACCUGAUGUGCUCCCCCAACACUGCUGGGUUCAGCACAUGGAUUUUCCUAGAACUCAAGCUGAGGGUAGCAGGAGAACUGCAACCCUACUCAAACCUUUCCAUGGAGCCUCCAUAACCCACAACGGUGUGCAGUUAAAGGAUGAAGCCGAAUUAUUUCCUGGGGAUCUAAUAGGCUUGGGCCAGCAUUACCUCUUCAUGUAUAAAGAUCCCACAGCACCUGAUGUCCAGCGCAUACCUACCUGGAUGGCUGGUCUUUCUCCCCCAGCUUUAGCCUCACCCUGUAAUCCCCGUGGUUCCUCUGUAACAAGGCACAGGACCAGAAGGAGGGUCCCAGCCUGCUGGAGGGAUCCUGACCAGAGAGUGCUAUCCCUUACCUAUGAACUGCACCAAGAGAACCAGGUGCUGGAGAAGAUCAUCACCAUGGUGGACCCCAGAGGACCCGAGCCCAAACUAAUUCCAGCCUUCCUGCUGUGUUUAUGCAUUCAGCAUUCUGCUGCUAGCUGGGAGAUGACAAACUUCCGCAAACUGCUGCUCCAAAUCGCAAACCAGAUCCAGCUUGCCAUGUUGGAAAGUACAAAAGAGCUUGCAGUGCUUCAGCCAGACAAUGGAGCCGGAGAUGGGCAGCCAGAGUCGGAAUCUAUUUGUCUGCUGAGCAUGGCUGAGCUGAUCCCAGGCCUGCAGCCUCUCGUGCUAUGGAUGGCCAACUCCAUUGAACUGUUACAUUUCAUUCAGCAUGACGUGCCCCUGCUCCUGCCAUGGACACAGCAAGAUGAAGAGCAGGACAAAGAAUUGUUAAAUUCUCAGAUCCUGUCGACACGUAAUGCCAGUGAGGAGGCCAUGACUGUCCUAGAGGAAGUCAUCAUGUUCACUUUCCAGCAGACUGUCUAUUACCUUACAAGAAGAUUGUAUUCAGUGCUGCCAGGAUUGCUAGACAGUAAUCCUUUUUCUGAGAACGGACAGCUGCGUAUACCUGCGGGUGUCAGCAACAUCCUGGAUGUCCUAAAGGAGGCAUUACAGCUGCUCAACACCUUCAAUGUGCACUCAGACAUAUCUUCACAGCUCCUGGCCUAUCUCUUCUUCUUUACCAAUGCCUCACUCUUCAACAUCCUUAUGGAGAGAGGUUCGGGAGGUGGGUUCUAUCAGUGGUCCAGAGGAGUACAGAUCCGAGCCAACCUAGAUUUGGUGAUAGACUGGACCCAGAGUGUUGGUUUGGGAGAUCUGGCUGCGGAGUUCUUCCAGAAACUCUCCUCAGCCGUCAACCUACUGGCCACCCCAAAGGAGAAUUUGCUACAGACCUCCUGGCUGUCCCUUAGAGCCGAAUUCCCUCACCUCCAUCCAGCGCAACUUCACCAUAUGCUGAGAGAAUACAACUCCAGCAAGGCUUGUCCUUCUAGCUGGACUCCCUCCCCAGACGAAGCUGAAUCUGCUGUCCAAACCUCUGAAAUUCUGGAGAGCUUUGACAAUCAUCCUCCACUUAUCCUACCGAACAAUACCUUUCACUUGGAGCUUGGGAAGUCCAUCACAGAGCCUGCUUUCUUGUCCCACCUUGAGAGCCUGCAGGAGUUCAUCCAAACCCUCCCUAUCAACAAGACACAAAAUGAAUUCCGACCACUGCAGGACAACAGCACCAACCUUUUGGAAGAUGCACAAGUAGUAUCUUCCACAUCCAGCUUAGAACUGGAGUGCUCUGGAUACAUGAAAGCCACCAGUCCAACCGUUCGAUGUGGUUAUUUGAAGGAGCAACAACAAUGCUUAUCUGCCUCACCUCCUCAGCUCAGGGGCUUCCACAGUGCUCUAGGUUCAUGUGAAGCGCUCUUAUCUCAGAAGCUAAAGAGCCUGGAGCUCCAGAACAGCCUGCCUGGAGAAACGGACCUCUGCUCACACAAGAGCCUGGCCUUGGACCCGUCUUGCCUACUCACCCCACCCAACACACCUCAAGGACUGGAGCUUUCUGAACUUGAGGCCAGUCUACAAGAAGAGGCAAAACAAAACACUAAAGAGAACGGUCUUAAAGGAAAUGCAGUCGAGAUGAGAGAAAUAGAAGAUGAUGAGGACGAGAGAGAUGAGGUGUUCGCGGUUGAAGUGUCAAGAGGACCUCAUGGGCUCGGCCUAGCGCUGGUGGACGGACUGAAAUCUCCACUGGGGGUGAAUGGCAUUUAUGUAAAGUCUGUGGUGCCCGGCUCUCCUGCUGCUCAGUGCCAGAAACUCAGAUUUGGUGAUCGUAUCCUGGCUGUAAAUGGAAUCAGUCUCAUAGGAAUGGACUACCAGAUUGGUAGAGAGAUCAUCCGGACAUCAGGAGAUUGUCUGCGGUUGCUGGUGGCCAAAACAGAAGCCAGAAGCAGCGUCAGGAGCUUCACCACCAGAUGCUAAAGCAGUGGGGGACUAUCCUGUUUUCACUGGACGUUUUCUACACAGGCUAUUUGACAUUUGUUAUUUUUUUUGUAGCAUGACAAACUAUAUACUUCUUUUCAAGCUGCUGGUCAAAGUCCUCAGACUUUGUUUCUUUUUUUUAACAAAAAAAAUAAUGGUUUACUGGGAGUAUUAAUGGAAUCACAGCAAAUUUCAGUUAGACCUGUUUAUGCAGGAGGAUAGGUUUGCAAUUUGGAGUUCCUGUGGGGAAAGUUUUAACCAUAAGUUCAUGGAUGUAAAAAGCAUACCAAAUGACCUAAAGUCAAUGUUUAAUGUAGACAUUAAAUGCUACAAAGUUCCAAUUAAAUGUUCUGUUUUGUCUGUAAAUGGCUAUAGUCCAGACUUUAUCCUGAUGAUUCUUUGAUGCCUGUUUUAGCAUCAGUGACCCAAACACUUAUCCUACAUACACAGACAUGUAAAGUAUAUGCAAUCUUACAGUAAUAUCAGUUAAAAAGAAUUUCAUGGUUUUUUUUGUUCAGUGUAUGUUAACCAAUAUUGGCUUGUAUCAAGUACUGCUUUUGACAUGUUCAGAUCCAUGGAUCAAAUUUCCAAAUACAAGUCUUAUCAGUUUCACAGCAGGUAUUAAUGAGCAUCAUGUGAUCCAAAGGUAUAUUUUUUUUCCUCAGUGCAAGAGAAGCAGUGUUACAUCAGCCUUAAUACUAUGUUAGAAAAGUAUUUUGUUGGUGAUAUUUAUAUUCUUUUCUAUUCUAUGUAAUAUACAUGUGAAAUAAAUAUUGCUCAUUUCUAA